GCGCACGUGGCCUUUUCCCGCGCUGGGCGGGGGGGGCGGGGCCGCGUCGCGCGCCAAUAAAGGGUGGAGCGAGAGGGGCGGUGCCUCCGCGUGCUCUCGGGGCGGGGGGUGGGACGCACCAAGAUGGAGUCGGCGGCGCUGGUGGCGCCGGUAACGGCGCUGGAGUUCGCGGGGGACGUGCUGCUGGCGGGCACGGGCCCGGAGGUGGCGGCGUUCCGGCUGAGCGGCGGCGGGCCGGCGGCGGCGGCGGGCCGGCGGAUCGUGCUGCGUGAGGCCAGCGUGCAGGGGCUGCGGGCCGAGCCCGGCCCCGGCCCGGUGGUGCGAGUGGCGGCCUUCGGCGGGCGCUGGCUGGCGGUGCUGGCGGUGCGGGGCGGCGGGGGGCGGCUGGAGGCGCGGUGGGCGGCGGGCGGGCGGCUGGCGCUGGCGCUGGGCGGCGGGAGCGUGGGGCUGUACGAGUGGCGGGGCGGCGGGCGCUGGCUGCGGCGGGCCAGCUGCGGCGGGGCCGGGGCGCUGCGCUGCGCCGCGCUGGCGGGCACGGGCUGGGGGCGGCUGGCGCUGGCGGCCGGGACGGCGGCGGGGGCCGUGGUGGUGUGGCGGGCGGCGGCCGCGGCGGCCCCGCGGCGGCGGCUGCUCGGGCACCGGGGAGCGGUGCUGGCGCUCUGCUACUCGGCGCCGCGGGGGCUGCUGGCCUCCGCCUCCGAGGACCGUAGCGUGCGGCUGUGGGCGGUGGGCGAGCUGGGCGACGGGGACGGGGACGGCUCCUGCCUGCUGGUGUGCUACGGGCACGGGGCGCGGGUGGCCGCCGUGGGGCUGCGGGGACCGUGCCCGGUCAGCGCCGGGGAGGACGGCGCCUGCCUGGAGUGGGACGGCGGCGGCGGGGUGCGGUGGGCGCGGCGGGGACACCGCGGGGCCCUGCGCGCCCUGGCCCUGAAAGCCGCCGGCGGCCGCCUCGCCACCGGUGGCGACGACGGUGGUGUCCGGCUCUGGCAGCCCCGGCGGGCGGCCCCGGCGGUGGCGGCGGCGCUGGGGGCCCCGGACCGGCCGCGGGCCGUGCUGCUGGGGGGGCCGCGGCGGGUGCUGGCCCUGGGCGAGGCGGGAGGGCUGGCGGCGUACGAGGCGGCGGCGGGGCGGUGGGUGCCGGUGCUGCCCGCCCCCGCCGCCGGCGGGUCCCGCGGGGUGCUGGCGGCCGCCCCCCUGCCCGGCGGGGACGAGGCGCUCUGCGCCCUGGGUGGCGGCGACGGGCGCCUCCUCCUCUUCGCCCUGGGUCACCCCGGGGCCGUUGCCGAGCUGAGGCCGUUCGAGGGGGCCGUGCGCGGGCUGGGCUGGGCCCCCCGCCCCGGGCAGCCCCCCAACACCGUCGCCCUCCUGGCCUCUGGGCCCGACGGGGAGAUGCUCUGGCUGGACGUCACCCACUGCCCCAGGCAGGCACCCCGGGUGCAGCUGAGGGGACGGUACCUGCUGCCGCCCUGCAAGCAGCGCUGGCACACCUGCGCGGCCUUCCUGCCCCAGGGGGGGCUCCUGGUCUGCGGGGAUCGCCGGGGCUCCCUCCUCCUCUUCCCUUGCAGCAGCUCCCCAGGGCAAGCUGUGGAAAGCACCAGCAUCACCAAUGGUGGCACCGACUUAGUUGACAAAGACUCCGGCAGCGAGUUGGAGCCCUCUUGCUUGUUGCACAAAGAGGCUCUUCCCCUUGAGGCCCCGGUGUCCAUGCUUUUUGGGCUCCACGGGAAGACGGGGGUGACCUCAGUGGCCUGCCAUAAGGGCUACAUCUACAGCACUGGCCGGGACGGUGUCUAUCGCCAGCUCUGCCUGCAGGGCCAGCAGCUGGAGGUCCUGCGGAAGCACAGGCCCUGCAAAGGGCUGCAGUGGAUCGAGGAGCUGCGCUUCACCCCAGACGGGGACCUGCUCAUACUGGGCUUUCAUGCUGACAACUUUGUGGUGUGGAGCAGCAGGACUGGUGAGAACCUCCACUGCAUCCCCUGCGGCGGAGGGCACCGCUCCUGGAGCUACUGGAGCAGCCCCUCGGCCGAGGCCUUCGCUUUCAUCAAGUGUGGGGACGUGAUGCUGUACAACCGUGAGGCUGAGCCCUGCGAGCAGCAGGUGCUCCUGGCGUCCCUGCAUGGGCGGGAGAUCGCCUGCGUGCGGCGCCUGGGGGCGGUGGAGGUGCUUGGCCAUGCCACCCUUAACGUCUUUGUCACUGGCAGCGAGGACACCACGGCCUGUGUCCUGGCGCUCAGCGAGCAUUCUCGGGCAGCCGUACCCCUCGCCCGGCUCAGCGACCACAUUUCAAGCGUGAGGGCACUGGCGCUGGCCGGCCCCACUGGACCUGGUGACAAGGGCUUCGGUGACAAGGGUUUGUCUGCCUUGCUCUUCUCUGCGGGUGGCCGGGCGCAGAUUGAGUGCUACCGGCUACUGUGUACUGGGGACCCAGCCUCCGAGAGUGCUGUGGCCUGCCAAGUCAUCCAUGUGGCCUCUCACCGGCUGGAUGAGCACUGGGAGCGGAAGAAGAACAGGCACAAGCUCGUCAAGAUGGACCCGGAGACGAGGUACAUGUCCCUCUCGGUCGUGCCUGGGACCAGCACUGAGCAGCUGCCAACACCCUGGAAGUUCCUGGCUGCUGCCUGCAGCGAUGCAUCGGUCCGGGUCUUUGGGCUGCUGGAGGCCGCCCGGAAGCUGGUGCUGGUGGCGGAGUCGUUUCACCACCAGCGCUGCGUGCUGAAGGUGGAGGCGUUCCUGCACGUGCGGGCAGGAGGGGAGAGGAGGCACCUCCUGUGCAGUGCGGCCACCGAUGGCAGCAUCGCCUUCUGGGACAUCACCAGCCCCAUUGCGGACGCGGCAGAUGCCCUGCGCCGAGCGGAGGGAGAGAUGCAGCCCCUGGCCCUGGGCGCCCCGCUGCUCACCAUCAUGGCCCACAGCUGCGGUGUGAACAGCCUCCACGUCCAUGAGACACCAGAGGGACGGUACCUGGUGGCCAGUGGCAGUGACGACGGCUCCAUCCACGUCUGCCUGCUGGAGGUGGCGCUGGGCAGGGGCGAGGGCUCAGCAGGGACCUGCCUGCGUGUCCUGGAGCGGGUGGCCAGGCCCUGCGCCCACGCCGCCCACGUCACGGGGAUCCGGGUGCUGCGGCCGGACCUGCUGCUCUCCGCCUCGGUGGACCAGCGCCUGACGCUGUGGCGCCGGGGCCCAGGUGGGCUGGACGCUCUCAGCACCACCUUCUUCCACGUGCCCGACCUGGCCGAGGUGGACUGCUGGGAGGUGGGGGAGGCCGGGGGGGAGCUCCACUACUACUGCGUGCUCUGCGGGCAGGGGCUGGAGAUGCUGCGCGGCACAGCCCCCCUGGAGACCCCUCCACAGGAGGCUCCACACUAACGGGGCAGGCGUGUGCAGCACACCCGGCUCCCUGCCUGCCUGGGGAGGGUACCCUGCCCCUCUGCUCUGCCCCUCACCGCAGCCCCUGUCCCAGCCUGCCUGAUGAUGGGUCCCCUGUUGAGGGGACGGGCGUGUUUGGCUCUUUUGGGGACAGCACAGCCACAUCUGCGGUGCCCAAGGCUGGUGAACUUGGGGGCAAAGGCAGAUGUACCCCAUUCCUGGACCAGCCUGUGGUCCCCCAAGCAAUAAAGGAGUGGGGACAUCAGCCCACCCUGCCCAGGAGAAGUUCCUUCUCCCCAAGGUGUGAGGGACCCGUGUACAGGCUUUCUAGCCCUGGUCCCUGAAAGGAACCUGCUUGGGAGGGCGCUGAGCGCUGUGCCCAGCCCUGGGGGCUCAAGGGCAGCAGGAGGCCAAGACCAGCGGGGCACUGGUGUGGCAUGUGGCCGGCUGCAGCCUUGUGCUGCUGCCCUGUGUGACAGCCCUGUCCCUGCGGUGCUGGGGACUCUGCUGAGCGGGGACAUUGACCCUCUGCAGCAGCACCCUGCAGGGCGAGGGGCAG